GAGUUCAUGGGAAAUAAAUACUGAGUUCUACCUGGGGACCGUCUCCUUGGUCAUAUUGUUGCACAGGCCCAGCACACUGCUCUUGUUACCUGCAGCUUAUUGAAUCCUUGCUUUCAUGUUAAUUUCUAGCGCCAACUACAACCACAACAACCACAACGACCACUACUCCAACAGCUACCACCACUACCACUACUCAAAGAGAAAUGACCAUGACUACUACACCUCGAAGAGAAACAACCAAGGCUAUUAGUCCAACAACGACUGAAACUAAUCAAACAAAAACUGCGAUUCCAAGAGCCACCAUCACCACUACUCCAAUGACAACCACCGCUAUUCCAAAAUCGACUACCACUACGACUCCAGCAACAACUACCACCACCGCUUCAACAAUCACCAUGGCGACCACUGUUCCAAUGACAGCGAAGGCUCCUACCUCUGCCCUUCCAAUGGCGACACCCACAGAGGGCUUCCGGCCAGUACCUUCUUUAUCUUCCCCAACACAGGCUACAGAAACCAAGCCUACCACCCCAUAUGAAACAAAUAAAACUUGCUCACCAUCGUACUCUUGCUCAACAGAUGGGAAUGACACUGUGACAGAGUCUCCAGAUCCCCUUUGGCGUUGCUAUCAAGUUGGGCUGGUACAAGGUCCUUGGAUGAGCACCAACCAGGGAGUCUCCACUGGAAUCUCUGUUGCUCUCUUGGUAGUAUUGCUCAUGUUUGUGGUAUUCUGGAUCAAAAAAAAAUAUCUUUGCCUGGAUAACAAGGUGGAGCUACUACGUGUGAUUCCCUUGAAGGAGUCUCAUGUUGGAGCUUUGAAACAUGCAGCUCUGAAGCCUAUCCAAGGAGAAGAUAAUGCCUACAUUAUUGAUGACUCUCACUAAGUCAUGGGCCCAGAUUCUAAGGCAUUAUGUAGAAGACAGUGCCCAGAUAUCACCAUGUCAGAAUCCCUCAAGUAGCAGGACAAUUUUUCCAUCAGUUUCUGAUGACAUUCCACGCAGUCAAGAACAUUGGGUAGAGUGAGUCUAGAUCAUCUGUGCACAAUCAACCUCUGUCACAUAGUCCUAAUUUUUUUACUAAAACUGAAUCAAUCUUUCUGGUCA